AUGAAACCCCGGAUUCCAGUGUCGCGUUCGUCUGCUACCCGUCGCCUGGAUCUUAGUUUCCUACGCCUGGCCACCUUCUGGAUGCUGCAAGUGGACAACAUCAUCCAGAGUUUCGGAUACUUCCUUCCCUCGACAUAUCUCCCCUCCUACUCAACGGUAACAAUCGGCCUGCAAGUGACAAUGGGCACGAUGCUCGUCUCACUCUUCAACGCAACAUCCAUCUUCGGCGGCAUUGCACUCGGAAUGCUCUGUGAUCGCUUCGCAGUCACUAAUAUUCUAUCGCUCUCUUCAAUCGGAUCUGCUUUAUCGGUCUUCCUUUUCUGGGGCAUGGCUGGUAACGAAACACAAAGACGAUCCAUCCAAGUCACGUGCACCGAGCUUAAUCGCGCAUCCGCCGAACUUCCAGGCGCAAUUACUAGUUGCUCCCAAUCCAACCGCAGCUUCUCCCAGGGCGCUGUACCCUUCAUCAAGAUCAUGUCCGCGGCCGAACAAGACCCUCUCCUCUCACUUCGACGCGCCAUCGCCUCCGGCAAUCUCCCAAAGCCGACGACUUCAUCUGAGCUCACCGACGAAAAUGCGACAGAAGACCUAGCUCAGGCGACACAUCUCUACUUCGCACAGCCAAUUCCACAGGCAAUUCCUUUGGGAGCAAGGACACGGUUCGUCUCCGAUGCCACGAAAGAGGCUGUCGAUCUGCGCAGUAUCUUCUUCGCGUGGCAGAAGAAGGAUGUCGCUAUUCCCGAGUACAUUGCCUCGGCGCAGGAGCUGAAUGAAGCCCUCAAGGCGAAGGGCCAGGGAGAGCAGGUUCAGAAUCUCGUUUUCCUUGAGCGUCUCGACCUCAUUACCUGGCUUGAAGGAGCCUCGGAUGGAAGUGACCACAUCAAGCCGCUCGAGGGUGCUGCAGCUGCAGCUGAGGCGGCCGCUGCGGCUGCCGGUGCUGCCCAGGCUGAUGCGUCCGCUGGAAUUGCCUCUGGUGCGACGGGGGGCAUUCCACAGGUGCCCAGUGGGCCCGUUGGUGCUGUACCAGGCGCUGCUCCAGGUCGAGCACAGAAGCAAAUCGACCCGCGGCUGCAGGAGAUUUACAAUGGAGAGCGAAAGACCGGAGAUCGGAAUACGGUGCUGCGCGGUAUCAAGCCUACAGACUUCUCUCACGUCCGCAAGAGUGCCGAGGUGUUCCUAAGCCGCAACCGCCCGGGCCAAGCAGGCGCUAAACCAGGCGUGAAGAGCUCAUCAAUGGUUCCCGCCCCAUCAGCCGGCCUCUCAAUGCCAUCAUCGCGCAAAUCCAACUCCCGUCCGGACCCCAUCAUCCUCCUCUCCCCCUCCGCCUCAUCUCUUAUCCGCAUGUCAAAUAUCAAAUCCUUCCUCCAAGACGGCGUCUUCGUCCCACCUGACCACCCAACUCUCAGCACAUCUACUGAAGCAAACUUCAUGGAACUCAAGCGCCCACUACGCAUCAAAGCCGACCCGUCCAACCCCAACGCCUCAGCAAUCGGCUCCGGCUCCGGCAGCCGCGGCCUCAAGCCAACCAAGUUCAUUCUCGUCGACGGCACCACCAACUUCAAGCCGGAGUACUGGUCCCGACUCGUCGCCGUCUUCACCACCGGGCAGACCUGGCAGUUCAAGUCCUACAAAUGGUCUUCUCCACCUGAGCUAUUCAAGCACGCAACCGGUAUCUACGUUGGCUGGCGCGGCGAGGAAGUUCCAGCGCAGGUGAAGGGAUGGGGUCGUGGCGUGGAGAGUUUCGCCGUAGAGCGAUGGGACGAGAAGGGUGGAAUUCACGGCGGGGGACGAUGGAGGGAUCGGGAGGUUGUGGAGGGUAUUUGGACUGCGAUUGAAGAAGGCAUGAGGCUGCGAGGCUGGGGUUCCAAAUAG